AUGGACCAAAGCAAUGCUCUUCUUACCUGGACUUACUUCUCUCAUGGAAAGACAGCGGAAGAGCUAAGACAGACACUUGUCUACACGACGCUAGAGCUAGAACAAACGAAGCUCGUAGCUCAAGAGGAACUAAGGAAGAGAGAUGAACAACUGAUCCAUCUCGAGGAUGUUCUAACCAAAACCCUCAAAGAAAGAGACGAAGCUGUCGAGAAAUGUCAGAAUCUCCUCUUCGACAAUCUCUUGCUUCAACAACAGAAACAGAGUCAGAAUCAGAAUCAUAUCACUCCUCCUUUAUCAGGAGCUUCAAGCAUUGACGACGAGCAGCUUCAACCACGGCAGCAGCAACAGCAACAGCAACAGCAGCAGAACCUCAACUCAAACAAGAGCUUUUCGUCUUCAGACACCGAAGAAAGCAUCAUGUCUCCAUCAGUCAUCGAUCCGGUGACGACGAUGAACCAAGCUUCUCAGGGUGAGAUAAUGGCUUCAUUGUUGCUUGAAAAGCCACUCCCUGAGAAGGGAAAUCUCUUACAAGCUGUUCUCAAGGCAGGUCCUUUGCUUCAGACACUACUCUUAGCCGGUCCUCUGCCUCAGUGGCGCCAUCCACCACCGCCACUCGAGACCUCUGAGAUCCCUCUGGUAACCGUCCCACCACCGCAGUUUCGGAGCUCAAUUGUCAACAAUGGAUGUGGGAAUUCAAACAAGAAAAGAGCAUUCUCAAGCUCAGAUGGGUCUUGUUCAGAAACUAAGUAUCAGAAAGUUUAA